AUGAUCGCGGACACACCGGGACUACGCUCUAGGCCGGUGGCCCAGCAUCUGUGGCGUGGACCUCGCUCCUGGCAUUCACCGUUGUGGGAUUCUACACAGGAUCUCGAUGCAUGGUUUGCAGUGCUGUUGGAGGUUGUUAUGAAGCCGACCUUCCGCCCAGCAUCCCUUUCACACCCGCUCAUCAUGUCUUCUCUACGUUCGUUCCCCUCGACUUCCACGCUCUCCCUGGCCCUCGAGUCUGCAGCAACCACACCCGACCGGUCAGCAGCGCACACACCAGAGCCCGUGGAACCGCAUUACAACCUGGUCGACAGUGUCCCUCGAAGCUAUGUUAUGGUUCUUGGGGGCCUGGGCUACAUAGGCUCCCACACAACGUUGGAGUUGCUCCAAGAAGGCUACAAUGUCAUCGUCGUUGACAACCUCAGCAACUCGUACGAGGAUGUGCUGUCUCGCAUCAGGUUACUGGCCACGAAGUACCUACUGGCCCAACGAAAGCCGAUGCCAACACUCCGCCUGGCAAAACUCGAUUACAGAAGUCCCGAAAUGCGACAGCUUCUUGCCGACUACACAGCGGUCGGGUCGUCCAUCUCAGCCAUGAUCCACUUCGCGGCGUUCAAAUCUGUCUCCGAGUCCAUUGAAAACCCGCUGGCGUACUACCGCAACAAUGUGUCCGGCCUUGUCGAUCUCUUGAUCCUGAUGGGAGAAUAUAACAUCAAGGAGUUUGUCUUCUCGUCAUCAGCAACAGUAUACGGCGCUCGAUCUAAUCUUGGAAAACCUCUGCUUGAACACGAUCUGGUACACUUUGACGAGCCGUCAGUGGAAGACGAUGGAACCGACGGCUUGCGACUCAACGGCGCCCUGGGUCUCACCUGUCCAUACGGUCGAUCGAAGUACUUCGCUGAAGCCAUCCUCGCCGACCUGGCUAAAGCCGAUCCAUCCAUGAGAAUCACCGCCUUGCGUUACUUCAACCCCGUUGGAUGCCACUCAUCGGGGCUGAUCCGGGAAGACCCGCGACAAAAGCCGACCAACCUCUUUCCUGUCGUUGCCUCUGUUAUGCAGGGCAAGCAAGAGCAGCUCAAUGUCUUCGGCAGUGACUGGGACACCCGUGAUGGCACCGCAGUGCGAGAUUUCAUCCAUGUUGUGGAUCUUGCCCAAGGACACAUUGCAGCACUUCGGGCGGCCUCGUCGCCAGACCGGAAAGACGCUUUCCGAGCCUACAAUCUUGGAACCGGCAAUGGCAUGACUGUGGCUGAGGUGAUCGCAAGCUUCGAGGCAGCCGCACACAAGCCGGUCCCCGCUGUGCUCGGCCCAAGACGAGAGGGCGACGUCGGUUCUUGCGUUGCUGCAACUACACGAGCGGAGCGGGAACUUGGAUGGCGAGCAACACGGACGGUCGACGACUGCGCUCGCGAUUGCUGGAAUGCACUCACUCUGGGUCACGCCGAUCUCGCCUCCAAACCCUCAGCCACCCAAUGCUAG